CCAUGAGCUUUGCCUGCGUUCUGAAGCCAACUGUCACCCCAACUGGAGCUUGAGUUCACUUGGCCUGUGUGCCCCGCCUCCGCCCUCAGGCUCUCAUGGGCCUUUACCUGAGCAGGUUUCUGAGCUGGUACUUGGGGGAGCCAAGGCCUCGCUGCACUCCUCUGCCCCUAAGUCUUCGCCUCUGAGGCCCACGCCCCAGCGCCCAGCUCUUUGCAUGGUGCAGGCAGGCAGGGAGGACACCGCCUGGAGAGGCUGCCCCGGCAGGCAGUCAUCCUCCGAGCAUUCCCUUACAGCAAAGCUCUCCUAUGAUUACCUCAACCAAGUGAAGCCGGAGCUGUUAGCCGCUGGGGACCCUCGGCUGCAAGGCCUGGCGCGAGUUCAGGUCAACCCCACUGUGCUCCUUAAGAGCCUCUGCCCGUGCCCGAAGUCCGAGGGGCGCCCACACCCCUGCGCCAGGGAGAUCGUGCUGCAGGCCAUCUGCCAGUACAAGAAGGGAAAGAACAAGUUUGAUGGGCCGUUGUGUUUCAAGAUGCCGGACCUCAAGACAAGGGCGCUGAACCCAGAACCCAAGCCAUCUGCCUUCCAGCCAGUGUCCAGAAACGGGGUGACCCAGUCCUUCGUGCCCAGGCCUGGGCCAUUGAGCAGAAGCUGUGCUCAGGGGAAUCCAGCUCUAUGAAAAGAGACAAGGAACCACCACCUACUUCUGUUGGCGGGGCUGCCAGCCUCCAGAGCAGCCCUCAUCAGCCUGCACUGAACACUGUUGAUUUCAAAGCAUAUUGUGACUUG